GGUUGGUUGGUAAGUGGGACUAGCGGGGACUCAUAGGCACGUAGCGUCCUACGCGAGGCCGCAGUCGGGCUCAAACCCCGAAACAAUCUCAUCGCGGGUUAUCUUCCAUCCACACCGGCCUCUCCGAGAGCAGCGGACGGCACACCGGACAGCAACGAUAGCAGCAACGAUAACGACACCGAUAACGACACGCGAAACCAGUACGGUUCACGGCCUCGGAAGAGAGUUGAGGAACGCGGAAGAGAGGGUGCGCUUAGAGAACGUGCGAGACAGAAUUUUUGCUCGGUCGCGAUCUUGGGUCUGCCAGUCCAAGUCGCGUGAUCGUACCUGUCAAAAAAAUCACCGCCACCGGCGAUUCUCGAAACGAUCCUCGUGUACCGUACAUUCGGUAGCGCGCGAACGUACGUAGAGGGUUUCCUUUCGGGAGAAAAUCGGUUGAAGCAAUCAGGGAAGCAACGAGAAAUCGGAGAGAACGAUUGGUGGAUUAGAGCCGACUGGUCUACCGGCUUCUUGUCAGUGGCGUGCAGGGACCGCGAGAAGUAACACCUUCCUUCUUUCCUAUCAGAGAUCGCGGUCGAGGUCGAGGUCGAGGUCGAGAUCGCGUUCAAUCUGGCGCGAGGACGAAAGUCUGUAAGGUCGAGGGUCAGUCUACCUACGCGCUGCACGAGGUUAUAAGCGAACCAUCUAAAGGAAGCGUCGCUUAUACACGGUAAGAACUCCUCUCGAAGGAAGACAAAUUGCAGGCGAAAAUACGGUAACGGAAGCGGCAAUUUUCCGUAAUAUCGAUACUACAAGGAUGCGGGCUAUCCAGUGUUACGUUUGCCUUGCGCUGCUGCUGCUGAUGACAGCGUCGGCCGUCCCGGCGUCGUCGAAGGGCGACUCGGCCAAGAUGAAGAAAACCACGGCGACCACGUCCGGAGGACACCUCGGCAAGAACACCUCGGCGAUCACCGCGACGACGGCAGCGUCGAGGCCGAUCGCCGCGAACGCCACGUUACAUUCGUCUUCCUCGAUCGCGACGACGACGAGGACGACGGCGACGGUGCCGCAGACAGCCGCUACAUCCGCCACGACGACGCUGAAGCUACCGGCGUCGUCAACGACAAUCGCGGCGACAGCGACGGCGACGGGGACGGCGACGACGGCGACAACGACGACAUCGUCCGCGUCGCCGUCGCUAACAUCGUCGUCCACGGCGAGUCUUCCGACCUCCCGUACUCCACAGGAUGGCUCGAGUCCCACCUACAUCACCGAGACGUCGCCGAGGAUAAUCUCGCCUACUCAGCAUACCGCAGCCACGGUGUUGUCAUCGAGAAAAUCAGCGGCUUCUGCAACCGCCGCAGUCGCCGAUGUCACGACCAGUGCGCCUUUGACGGCCAAGGAGACGCGGGAAUCGCCCGGAAAGAUUAGACCGCAAAUCAAACUGACAACAAAUUACACCACCGCCAGCGAGACGGGGGUACGAUUGCCGGAGGGAGCGAGCGCGGCGCUCGCAAAACCGACCAAAUAUCACUACUAUCCGCACAAUCAGCAUAUCUACCUGCUGCCGGAAUGCGCCGUUCAGCAGGUGUGCAACGCCGUUUACGUUCGAUUGAACUUCACGCAACCGCUGUGCGCCUGUCCCGGAAGGUACCGGGAUCCUUGCAGCGCAUCCUUGGACAGCGACGACCUGCACACGACCGAGCUGGUGACCGAUCCGCGAACCAAGGCCUUGACCUUGGUGAAAACGUGCGAGCCGGUCGCCGAGAUGCGAGAGUGCAGAGCGUCGCGGGACUGGUCUCUGUUGGCGUUGCAGAACGUGCGUACGGGAAAGUCUCACUAUCUCGUAAUAUGCCGAUGUCCCGACACAAACAUACUCGAGGGACCUAUGAGCCACGAUCAACCGACUUACGCCAGCGUCCCGGGUAUUCGGGUGUACGGAAUGAUGUGCGUACAGGGAAACAGAAGGGGACGACCGCUACGAUAUUCGCGCAGUGUUUUUGGACACGCAGAGGAUGAAGAAAAACCACGUUUCCCUUGGGACAAGGUGCGACAGUUAUUGACGACGCCGUCUCUCUGGGAAUAGUUUCGCGAUGCGAUGUCCCAUCCUGUAUCUCUGCCAUCGACGAACUUACGCGUUAAUUUAUAAUGCUAUUAUAUUUAUAAUUCUCCCAGCCAUUCGAAUCCCAUGCCCGAAUCUCUCUUCAUCUUCCUACCAUUUCCCUCUUAUUACUCUCACGCUUCCGUAACCCUCGAACGGGCGCACCAUGAUGUAUAUAAAUUAAUAUAAAUUACUAUUAAUUAAUUCUUAAUUUCAUACCACGUAAUUUUUCGUUCAAAGAAUUAUUUUAGCUCUAUCUGCAUCGAUUAAUUAUUGAUCACAAAAAGUCGAGUCGGAGGUAAAGUAACUUUUAGAAACUUUUCAAACGCAAACAUCAGCGUGUCCGCACGAGGGUUAACAGACACGAUAGGACGAAAUCGCCUAUGUCACUUGUAUUCUCAUCUUUAUAUAUAUUAAUUACUCGUUUUAAGCAUAUUUAUUAUUCAUGACUUCUAUAUUAUAUUUAUAAUUUUAGCCAUCGAUUAAUUACACAUGACAUAUACAAACUGCAGUGAGGAAGACAAACGGCUUCGCCGCUUACUCAAAUGUAAAGAGCUGUCCGAUUGCGCGUAAUAUUAAAAAAGAAAAAAGAAUAGGAAUAUAUUUGGCAUCUGAACUUUCGACAAACAAGAUCUUAAAAAAAAAUCUAUAUUCUUUCCUCAUUACCAAAAUACGAAGUAAAAUAUGGUAAUUACUAUAUAUUCCAAAAGUACUUGUUCAUUUUUUCAAGAAUCACAAUAUUAAUCUGACUCUGAUUAAAAAAUGAGAAAUAUCGAUGUAGAUAUUUUAGGUCACGUAUUUGCAACUACGUGACUAAACAAAAGCUCGGAGAUGUAGUACGUGCUCGAUCGUAUUUAACGAUAUUCUAGAUUAUACGAAUACGUGAGAGUAAUUAAUCAGUAUCAUUAUACAUUAACAA